GCGAUUUUGCAACGCGGGACAACGCUCCUGUGGGCGCACACAGGUCAAUUGAGACGACCUGCUGCGACAAGAAGGAAAGAAACCGCAGUCUUCACAUAUUCCUGCAACUUUUGUAGUUACUUUAUAGCAGAGAGCGGAUCCGAGAUUUUUUCUUCUUCUUGUACUCUUUGGAAAUGAAGGAAGUAUUUACUCCAGAUUAAGAAGGCAAACUAUUUAUGACACUUGCUCGUUUAUCUUUUUGAAAAAAAAAAAUAGUUUUGCGUCAAACACCGGGAUUUUGACACUCAAACGAUGGCUGAGAGCAAGCACCCUCACGUUAUUUUCUGCAAUGACUCGCCUAAAAGAGUUUUGGUGUCCGUCAUCAAGACCACCCCGAUUAAACCCAGGAAAGCAGAGGCCAUAACUCCGACAAGCCCCGGCUUCAGCGACUUUAUGGUCUACCCGUGGAAGUGGGGAGAGAACGCCCACAAUGUGACCCUGAGCCCGGGCUCAGGGAGUGGAGCCGCGUCCCCUACCGGGACUCAGACGGCCAGGGAAGCGGACACUGCUCCUUCACCUGAGCAGAUCAAGGAUGGUAUCCGCAGAGGCCGGCCACGGGCGGACACAGUCCGGGAGCUGAUAAGCGAGGGGGAGACUUCAUCCAGCCGUAUCCGUUGUAACAUCUGCAACCGAGUGUUUCCCAGAGAGAAGUCUCUCCAGGCCCAUAAGAGGACACACACAGGUGAGAGGCCUUAUCUGUGUGACUACCCAAACUGUGGGAAGGCAUUUGUCCAGAGUGGACAGCUGAAGACCCACCAGCGCCUGCACACUGGGGAAAAACCCUUUGUUUGCUCUGAGAAAGGAUGUGGCAAUCGGUUCACACAUGCUAACCGACACUGCCCCAAGCAUCCUUUCUCCCGUCUGAAGAGGGAAGAACCAAAGGAGGGUCUGGGGAAGGCUCAGUCUGUGGAUAACAAGGCUGUGGCAGAGUGGCUGGCAAAGUACUGGCGAACCCGUGAGCAGCGUGCCCCUACAACCACCAAGGUGAAGCCACAGGGCAAGGCUAGAGGGCAGGACCAGGAGCAGCAGGAUCCAAUGGAGUUUCUCCAGUCUGAUGAAGAGAAUGGGGAAGAAGAGACUGCAGAGGAGGAGAAGAGCACCCAAGGAGGAGCAGCCAAGCGCCGCCUCCAGGAGCAACGAGAGCGACUCCACGGCGCUCUCGCGCUCAUCGAGCUGGCUAACAACCUGUCUGCCUGAACGAACACCCAUCCCACUUCCUCAUCCCGGACUCCCAUUCCCUGCCCUCGUAUCUCCUUCCCAGUACGCCUUCCUGUUACAUGUGCUGUCGCUAAAAUUCUUCCUAAAAUGCAGAUCAACAAGUAGUUUAGUUUUUUUCCUGUAAAGUUGUGAAAACAGACUUUGUAAAAGAGCUGGAUUGGCUUGAGAUCAGUGUUACAGUUAUCUGUUCCCACACACAUUAUCAGGAAGGCACAAGCUAAAGCACCUUAUUCAGCUUCAAUUUUAUCCUUUUUAGGCUGCUAUAAUUGUAGAUUUGACAAUAUGAAGAAUGUCUUUCUUUCUUCUGUCUUCUAAAGACAAAGAAAGGAUACGUAUCAUGUUUUGGUUUUGUUUGCACUUUGGUAACAAGUUUUUUUUUUUUUUUAAGUAUAUUGUGAGUAUAAGAGUGUGUAUGACUGUAUAUAUGGAUUAAGCUCAGAUGGACGGAAUGAUACAGGGUGUGGUCAGCCAUAGGAAAUGUUGAGUUCAACUGUCAGAUGGCGUCUCACCAUGUUCCCAGGUUUCAUCUCUGGUGCUAUAAGCACAAUUUCACUGCCACUGAUGACAGCAGUGGCAGUAGAAAUGGACUGAGAAAGGUUCAGCUAGUUUUUUGCCUCACAGGUACAACUUUAUUUAAGGGCAAAGGUAGACAAGAGGGAAGUCAGGGAAGAUGGAAAAGUCUGACAUUAUAUGACACGGGCCAUUUUUAUAUGUGUGAUCAUUGCAACCCUAAUCCGCAUGUCUGAUCAGGUACAAGCUUUUUAAAAAAGUCAAAUUUUUACAGUUGACACUUGUCUAAAUAUAUACAUGUAACUAUUUUCUCAACAGUGACAGACAAGCAUAAGACUUGUUUUCUAAAUACAGUCUACCAGAUUCUACAGUGUUCAAAGGUUCCAAGUAGUUUUUAAACACAGGAAAACAUUUAGAUUUUGUGGUUUUCCUCGUAACAAGUUUGCGCAACCAAAAAGUGUUUUCAACUAGGUGGGAGAUGUUUUACAAUGAGUGUCAGUCACCUUUUAUAUUAAAAGCUGGCUGACUAGUUUUGAUAUGGGAACAGUACCAUAGUAGUGGGUGGCAGUUUUUUUUAUAUAUGUAUCUCAUUACAAGUCAUUUUUUCCAUAUGUUUGAUUAACUCAUAAAAGGGAAAUAUUGCAACACAAAUAUCCCAUGUUUGUAAAACAUACAUUUGGGCAUCUCAUUGGUUUUUAUGAAGUACUUGGAGCCCCCAUCAAGUCUUGGAUUAAGUUUGCAAUGCACUGAAUAUUAGGUUGUUUUGCCCAGAAGAAAUGGCACUUGUUUAUCAUAAACUGAUGUGUAGUGGAUUUUUUUUGUUUUUUUUCCUGAAGCAACACUACAUCUCUUAACACUGUAAGAAGCCCUUCACAAGUGCCCUGCCUCUGUUCUGGGGAAACCUGCACCAGAAAGCCGUCACUCAAGAAGUCAAUCGAAUUUGAUUUUUGUUUUUUUUUUUAAGUAAUGGUGAAACUGGAAGCCAAGUGGAUUGUUGAUAAUCAAUAAACCAAAUGAUUUAUUCUAGCCAAUUAGAAUAUACCUGGAAGCAUUUUACCCUUUGUUUAUAUUUCGGUUUGAGAAAGAUUAAGGCAUUUAAUAUAUUCAUGUAGUUUUAGAAUAUCGAGUGCACAAUUUACAGAGAGCGUUGAAAUUUUAAUUUGUAGUUUCAGUUUUCACCACUGCUAACAUCCUCCAUCAGUUUUCAUAUUUAAGUGUAUAGGGCGAUCCUGCUUGCUUGGUAGAUAUACUACAUGUUUUAAAGUACAAAUUUUCUCUCACAGGCUGUCCACACUGUUCUGUCAUUGUUGAUCUUCAAUAAACAUUCACUGAACCUGA